GUAUUAAAAUAUAGAAAAUACAAAACAUGUAGAUAUGAAAAUUAAUAUUAUAAAUUAUCUUUAUGUAUAACAAUUCUUUUAUAAAAAACUUUGCAUAUAUAUUCAAUAAUAUUGUGACAGAUAUUUGUGAACUACUAAAAUUAAUUAAUUUGAUAAUGUUUUUUGUAAGACUAAUAUGUUAGUAAGUCAACUAAAUGGAAUACAAUUAUUAAAAAUGAACAAGUAAUUUUUUUUAUUUUGAAUCAUAUAUUUUUAUUUAAAAGCCUUAUAUAUAUUAGAUAUACAAAUCUAAUACGUAUCUGUUACUUAAUUUUAUUAAAAAUCUUGAUUUUACGUUUCUAUAUGAUUUUGCUCUCACGUGUCCGCUUUCGAUUUCAUGUAACAUAGACGAAGAGUAAGAGAAAUAUUUGUUUUUGACUUAAAAGAGGUUAAUUUUCGGAGUAAAAAUCUUCUAACAGUAAGAUUACAGAAUCUUCUAGCUUUUUAAAAGUAAAAAAAUCAAAAUUGUAUUUAACGUGUACCCUUCACUCACUAGUGGUCUAAUUCUUUUUUUAAAAACUAUCUGAAAAUGGAGAGGGGUCAGGAGAAAGGCACUGAGAAGCAGGUGGAAACGGCAGAGAUGGGGUGGUUCGCCAAAACGAGAGCAUUCUUGGAGAUUCCAAACCUGGCGAUCGUCAAAGUUUUGGUGAUGAGCAGCUCAGCUACGUUCACAUCAGGAAUUGCCUUAGCCUUUGAAUGGUUAUUUCACGGCAGGAGCCACACAGGAUUCACGUGGAUCAUCUACUACGCAUUGUUCUUGAUCUGUCUUCCUCUUCUCCUCUUGAUUGGUCUCCGUAUCCUCAUGGCCAUCUCUUGCUCUAGCCGCGGCUCAUCCAGUCAGAUUGUAGACUCAGUCGCAGCAGCAGCAGCCAAAGACCCUUGUGCUGAUGAGGCGCAGAAAACUGAAGAAACGGAGAAAAACAGUUGCCGGAGUUUAGCUGUUGUAGUUGAUUCUGAUGAAAGGAAGAUGAACAGAGACGAGAAAACUCUAAAACGCGCCGUUUCAUUCCCUUCUCAUGGCAAAGUAAGAUCAUGUCGUACUCGUUAAAGACAAAAAUGAAAAAAAAACUAAUGUUGUUUAACUUUUAGUUAUCAGAUUGAUCCAGGAAUCUAAUAAUCAUAAUAAUAAACAUGUCUGAAGUUUUCUUUGACAUUUUUUUUCAAUGAUCCUCAGAAAAAUCGAAUUUAGUAGA